CCGCCGCCGCCAGCCCGUCGAGAGCAGCCGCGGCCGGAACCGGAGUGGGGCCGGGAGUCGCGGCUGGCGUGGGAGCGGCGCGUGUGAGUUGCCGAGAGUCGCCGGUGCCGGAACACCUCAAACUCUGGGCGGGAGGGCUUCAGGUGAGCUGAGCCGCCUUCGCCCCUCAGCACCGCGCCCCCCAGGCCCAGACAGCAGGGCUGGGGGUCUCCCCUGUCGUGGGACUGGCUCCUUUCAGGCCGGGCCCUCAGAGUCGGGCUGUGGGUCGCCCUCGGUCUCGGGCUCCCUUCAGACUCAGGUCGGAGACGGGAGGACCGGGAUCAUCCCAGACCCUAGCCGGCUUCCCGGCCCCGGCAUUCUCUGGGCGGCCGGGAGCCCCCUCCUGCUCCCACCUCUCCAGACUGGGAGGGACUGGCGAGUUGCCACUGGCUUGCUGUGCACCUCUGCAAUUCAAGACCAAGUUUCUUUCCCCGGAUCUCCAAAAUAACUAGCCUGUGUGCUCUCCCCCGGCUUUCUGAGGACACUUACAAGUAUUGUCAGGGCUGAGACGCUCACGUUCUUGACUUGGCUUUGUAUCCGCUGUGGGAGAUAGGUUGCCCCCCCUCCCCGCGCCCCUUUCCACUCAGUGACACUCCAUGCCCGUUCGGAUCACAAGCUCCCCGGCCAUCUCUAUGUGAUCUCUCCCAUCCCACCCCCACCCCACCCCCAAUCUGAGUUCCAGUUUCCUCUGGGCUCCAGUCUCCAGCCCCCAGCGGUUCUGGUCAGUCCCACCCCAGGGUGGGAGUGACCAGGGGGCUCUGGCCCAGGAUACCCCACCCUGGAAGGCAGCUCUAAGGCAGCAAGGGAGUUGGGCGUCGGGUACGAACCUGGCAGCUCAGGAGUGGCCGCUCCACUCACCCCACACAAGAAGAUGAAAAAACGCAGAGAGCUCAAUGCGUUGAUCGGCUUGGCUGCGGACAGCCGGAGAAAGAAGCCCAAGAAGGGCGCCAGCAGCCACCGCCUACUUCGCACGGAGCCUCCGGACUCGGACACGGAGUCCAGCUCUGAGGAGGAAGAGGACUUCGGUGCGGCUGGAAAUCGCUCCCGCUUUGUCAAGGGAGACUACUUACGAUGCUGCAAGAUCUGUUACCCACUCUGUGCUUUUGUCAUCCUCGCUGCCUGUGUCGUGGCCUGUGUCGGCUUGGUGUGGAUGCAGGUUGCUCUCAAGGAGGAUCUGGAUGCCCUCAAGGAAAAGUUUAGAACACUGGAAUCUAAUCAGAAAAGUUCAUUUCAAGAAAUCCCCAAACUUAACGAAGACCUACUCAGCAAGCAAAAACAACUUGAAAAGAUUGAAUCUGGAGAGCUGGGCUUAAACAAAGUCUGGAUGAACAUCACAGAAAUGAAUAAGCAGAUUUCUCUCUUGACUUCUGCAGUAAACCACCUCAAAGCCAAUGUUAAGUCAGCUGCAGACUUGAUUAGCCUGCCUGCCACUGUGGAGGGACUUCAGAAGAGUGUAGCGUCCAUUGGCAAUACUUUAAACAGCGUUCAUCUUGCUGUGGAGGCAAUACAGAAGACUGUGGAUGAGCAAAAGAAAACCAUGGAGCUACUGCAGAAUGAUAUGAACCAACACUUCUCAGCGGAGACCAGUGGAAGCAACCAGAUCAUUCCAUCACCUUCGGUUACAUCAGAACUGGACAAUAAGACCCACAGUGAGAAUCUGAAACAGGAUAUCCUGUACCUUCACAACUCUUUAGAGGAGGUAAACAGUGCCCUGGUGGGGUACCAGAGACAGAAUGAUCUUAAACUCGAGGGGAUGAAAGAGACAGUCAGUAAUCUUACCCAGAGAGUCAACCUGAUAGAAAGCGGUGUGGCUGUGAGCAAGGUAGAAAAGAGAGCAAACCUGUCCUUCACCACGAUGGAUGAUGGAGCUGCCACUCUGAAAAGAGAAUCUUCGGAUCAAGUAACCAACAGAACAGAACCAUUAAAAACCCAAAGCAUAAAGAAAGAAGAUAGUUCAUAUUCUCAGGUAUCCAAGCUAAAAGAGAAACUGCAGCUGAUCAGUGCCCUCACAAACAAACCUGAGAGCCACAGGCCUCCAGAGAACGCUGAUGAAGAGCAAGUUCAGAGUUCUACAUCAAAGCCAUCAGCAUUGCCAAAAUUUUCACAGUCUUUUGGUGACCAACUUAAGAAAGCUACCCAACCAAGACCUAUCUCCCUGCCAGGAAUUUCUAGCAUUGAAGAUCUUCAGGAUUUAUUCCACAAGACUGGCCAGGAUGUGGAUGGGAAGCUGACCUACCAGGAAAUCUCACAGGCCCUAGGUUCUGCCCUGCCAGAACCAGAGCGCUUGAGAACAUUUGAUUCUGAUGGAGAUGGGAGAUACUCGCUCCCGGAGCUGAGAGUCGCUGUAGGUGUCUAGCGUCAUCAGGCUUGUUUCAGAAAUGGAGAUGCACCUGACUACCUAAAGUCUACUCACCUCACAAAGUAACCCCCACCUACCCAUCAGUCCUCCCGACCACUGCAGCAGACACAUUGCCUCCUUGUAACUUGUUUGAAGAAGCUAUAGAAAAGUUAUUUUUUUAAAAAAAAGACCAUUUUACUUAUAUAAUGAUGUUCAGAAAUCUAUGAUUUCCUAAAGCCAGAUCUUACAUUUUUAAAUUUCCAAGAAAAAAGAAAUAAAACCAUCAUUUUUUCUCUUUUUUUUUGAGAAGAAGAAACUUUACCUUUUAAAACUGGGAAAUGUGUAUAUAGAGAGACUAAGCCACCUUUUAUAUUUCACAUAAAUUUGCCUUAAAUUAGCUGCACUUUAUAAGAGACUCAGAAAAUGUCUCCUUUCAAAGACAGGCCUUUUCUGUUUGUAAAUAUUUACAACAAAAGGAAGGACUGUGCGUAUUGUGUGGAAAAUAGGAAGAGUGGUUUUGAACAAAUGAUUUGUUGUAAGAAUUGCUUAUCUGCUCUGGGUCGCAGCUGAAACUAUGUCCAUGUCUCCUGAAAGCGUCCCCCAGGUGCUGCCCGGGUGUGGCCUGGGAGCUGGGGAGUAGAAUCAGGGAGUAAACACUGUGGGGGGCGCGCUGGCUCCAGGCUCAGGAAAGGAGGAUUCUGAUUCUCUGUUCCCUCUGCUAAUCCCGCCCCGGAAACCAGAGAACUUUUGGGGUGGUGGUGGGGUUCUUAUUUUUAAUCCUGUUUUAGGUUUAUGAACCAGUGGGAGCGACUCCCCUGCCGGGUCUCCCCGGCCGGGUGGACUGGAUUGUGCUCCCCCACUGCCCACUCCAGUCUGUUUAAAGCUGUUGAAAGCUCCCUGCUCUGGGACCAGCUCUGUUCUAAACGGCAGCGCUGAAGUCUCCCGGCCACUGACCGCCUGGCCACCGGAGCCUUAGAGACAGCCAUGCCUUUCGUUUUGACCCAGAAACCACACCCCUCGAGAUCUCUCCUGGGGGCUAACGGGAACCUGACGCAUUUCUCUAUAGGAUGAGUAAGGCCAAAACAGUGGUGAAGUGAAACACGGGAAGUCGUAUUCCGUUUCCUUACACCUGCCAGCUCAGAGGAUGCCCACAGCAGGGGCGUUCACGUGAUGACAGCAAGUUGUUUUCAAAGCGAAUUCCAGCGAGUGUGAUCCUUCACCCUUUAAACACUUCCGCGGACCUGCCUCAGAGGUCCCUGGGCUGGAGGGAGGAAGACUUCCACGUCCCCUGCGUGUCGAGUCUGGACUUGCUGUGUGGUCCUAGAAGCAGUUCUGGGGCAACAGUAAGGAAGAAACCACGAAACUCAACGUUGCUGUAGGCCAAGUGAGGGGAGCAAGGAAGCUCUCAUGGCACCAGAUUCUUGAGUGGCGAUCGAUUCCGUUCUAACUUUGUCCACGUUGCCGGAUCAGCUGUCGGGCUGUGUAGUCCCCGUCAGCCUUUCAGGGCUGGUUUUGGUUUUUGCUUUGUUUUGUUUCUUUACACAAUGUUCAGCUUGGUGUUGGCCAACCUUACAUUUUUUUCUAGAAGUAUUAAAGUUUAGCUUCAGCAAGGGGAAGUCUUUUCCCGUGGAUGUGUCUUGUCUCAUUAUGGCUUAGGCAUCUCCUUUUUUUAUUUCUUUUUUCCUUAACAUUGCCCUUGCCCACCUGUGCUAUUUCACUCUCUCAUAAAAGUUCAAAUAUAAUAUAAAAUUAACCUGGCACUUUAGGAAACGUGAAGAUAAUUCUUACUCUUCUGGCUGCCUUUCAUCCCCCCUCCCAUUUUUUAAUAUAUACACCCUUACUGAUUUUGUAACAACCAAAUAAAGUUCUAGCAAUAAAUUGAAUUAUA